AUGGCAAUAAGCAUAAAAUCAUGUUCCUUUGAAAGCCUUCAUGAAGAGAAAAAUGAUGUCGAGGGUGCAGAUAAGAUUGUUCGAGUACCAAUUGGCACUGUCAUUCAUCUUGUGGAGGGUGAAGUUCCCCGUGUAGUGAAACAUCAUUCUUCAACAGAUUUAGACCCUUGGCAGAUUCCUGGAACACUAGUUGAUGAUCUCUCUAGUUCCCACCACAAGUCACUUGAAUGCUCUAACAGAGAAAAGGAAGUCAAUUUGACAUUUAAGACUACUCUCUUGCCGUGUAAUAAUAGUGAAAAUAAUGUUAAAGAUUUGUCAUUGAGGAGGGAAACCUCUGAAGUAGCAUCAAACAAUGAGAUUUCUCAAGUUUUUGCAUUUCCUGAUAGUUCUAUUCAAGAUGAGAUUGGAGAAAGCGAAGGAAUGAUGUACAAUGUUGCAGAAUUGACUGAAGAAGGUCAACGGAUUAUCAUUGCUCAUGGAGGGGAAGGUGGUUUGGGGAAUAUUCAUGAACACAAAGUUUCAAAGAAGCCUAAAGCCUCAAUGCAUAUGGGGCAAGAAGAAGAGUCCUUAGAUUCUAAUGUAUCUGAAAUCAACGAGUCCAAUAGACGAGCUGGUUCUCUUGGUGGUGAGGCUGUGCUUGUUUUAGAACUUAAAAGCAUCGCCGACGUGGGUUUCGUUGGAAUGCCAAACGCUGGGAAAAGUACUUUGCUUGGAGCCAUUUCCAAAGCAAAACCAAUAGUUGGUCAUUAUGCUUUCACAACUCUUAGGCCAAAUUUGGGAAACUUGCAUUUUGAUGACUUAUCAAUCACAGUAGCUGACAUUCCAGGUCUUAUAAAGGGUGCUCACGAAAAUCGUGGACUUGGACAUUCAUUCUUGCGUCACAUUGAACGCACGAGAGUCCUAGCAUAUGUCCUAGACUUGGCUGCUGCUUUAGAUGGUAGAAAAGGGAUACCCCCAUGGGAACAGCUGAGAGAUUUAGUUUCAGAACUUGAACGCCAUCAGAACGGGUUAUCAGAUCGGCCAUCCUUAAUAGUGGCUAACAAGAUCGACGAAGAAGGGGCCGAGGAAGUGUAUGAAGAGUUAAAGUCUAGAGUGCCAGGAGUCCUCAUCUUUCCUGUUUGUGCUGUUUUGGGAGAGGGUGUUGAGGAGCUUAAAGCUGGUCUUAAGAACCUUGUGAAUGGUGAUACGUCAUGUAGACUUAAGGUAGAUGAAAUUAUUGUUGAUUAGCCAUUAUGUGUUUGAAAUGUACCAUCUGAUUCCAUUGUUGCAUUGUAGAGAUUAUUGAAGAAGACUGAAUAGAUAUAUUUAUGAAAUUUGCUCAGACCCCAGGAUUUUGUAUAAAUUAAUAAAAAAAUUAUGAACUGAUCGUUAUAAAUAAAAUGUGUGGAUCAAUCUUCGUUUGGUUGUUGGA